UUCUAUUUUCAGCUUCAGUAACUGAAACGAUCGAUAGGUAGGUUAAAAAUAUUUGAAACGGUCAUAAAUGGACUUACAAAGAUCAUAAUUUGGUUCCAGAAUGAUAUUCUGAAUACUCAUAAAUACAAAUCCCAAUGGAUAUGUCAAUCAAGGCUUCAUUAAAUCGGGCAUAUGUCAACCAAAUUAAGUCAUACUCUUAAAUUAUGUAUAUCUUCGAAAGUAUCAUUUUUUCUGUUUUGAUUUACUGAAUCGUGAUGAUUUUAUUUGAGGGAUGGGUCAAUGUUUGUGUAGGUGUGCUUGCGAUUUUCAUAGAAACCUCAAUUUAGAAGAAGUGGACCUCCUUUCUGAAAAAUCCCUCAGAGCGGUUGAAGAAUUGGUUAUGCUCCUCAAAGGAUAUGUUCAUAAUAAUUGGAUUUUUCGACCAAGACCUCAUAUAAACAGUUUUUCGGUUGAAGAAAAAGUAUAUCACGCAUUACGUAAAGGUAACAAACGCAGCUUGCACAGAUUGGUAACUAGAGAUAGAGCGGAGGAUGGAGUUAGUGGUUUGCAGAUUUUUCUCACCAAAUUGAAACAACCAAUCAUUCCACAAUUCAUUCAAGCUUUGGCAGUUGAUGAGAACAAGGGUAUUACUGCUGACAUAGUAGCUGUAGAUAUGUUAGGACUCAUGAGGCAGAAUCUUCUUCCCAGACAUCUACGUCUUAUAACAACAAUUUUUGACUUACUUCAUUGUGCGGUCAGAAACACACACACGGACGAACUCAAAGGCAGUGCUGUACCCUUGUCGAUGCUGCCCAUUUUUUUUCAGCUAGAGGAUCUUAAUAUUCCACGUUGGAGACGACUUGUAUCAGUGCUAAUGGAAAUGAUUCGAUUAGCCCCGACACAGCUCAAUAUCAUUCAACAUCCUGAAGAUCAACAACAAAUCUCUAGAAUAUCAAGAUAAUAAAAUGUGGGGAGUUCUAUAUUAUUUCCUCUACAGAAUAGCUCGCUCAGGAUUAAUUUCGAUAAGAAAUUCUGUAAUUUGAAUAAAAUACUUAAAAUAAAAGAUUGACUGUUUGGUAAUUUUGA